AUGGUACUCCCCGGUGCAACGCGGACCUUGAUUCCGCGCGUCGCUCGCCGGUGCUAUUCAGCAGCACCCUCACCCGCCGCAAAGCUGAACUUACCCAUUGACUACAAAUCGACUCCGAUACUGCACCACACGCCUUCCUCUCUGUCCGCUAUCCCCGAAUUCCCAGCCGGCGCCACGAGCAAACGUAUGAAUCUGUUUCAAGCCAUCAACUCCGCUCUACGAACCGCCUUGACAACCUCGGACAAGGUUAUGUUGUUUGGAGAAGACGUUGCCUUCGGCGGUGUCUUUCGAUGUUCCAUGGACCUUCAGACAGAAUUCGGAUCCGACAGAGUCUUCAAUACUCCCUUGACCGAGCAAGGUAUCGCAGGCUUUGCCAUUGGUGCCGCAGCCGAGGGCAUGAAGCCCGUCGCAGAGAUUCAGUUCGCCGACUAUGUUUUCCCGGCCUUCGACCAGAUCGUCAACGAGGCGGCCAAGUUUCGAUAUCGAGAGGGAGGAACUGGGAUAAAUGUCGGAGGGCUGGUGAUUCGAAUGCCCUGUGGUGCAGUUGGGCAUGGUGCUUUGUAUCAUUCGCAAUCCCCCGAGUCUCUUUUUGCACACAUCCCCGGCGUACGAGUGGUGAUGCCACGAUCUCCGUCUCAGGCGAAAGGCCUCCUUCUUUCAUCUAUCUUCGAGCAUAAUGACCCCGUUAUCUUUAUGGAACCCAAAAUCCUUUACCGAGCAGCCGUUGAGCAUGUCCCCAACGAAUACUAUACAAUCCCUUUGAGCCAAGCGGAGAUAGUGAAGCCCGGAAAGGACUUGACAAUUAUAUCUUACGGUCAACCCCUGUAUCUAUGCUCUGCCGCCAUCUCCGCCAUCGAAAAGACCAUGAAGGGAGUCAACAUUGAGCUGAUCGACCUGCGCACUAUCUACCCUUGGGAUCGACAAACUGUCCUCGAGAGCGUGCGCAAAACGGGCCGAGCCGUCGUGGUCCACGAGAGUAUGAUCAACUAUGGUGUUGGCGCUGAGGUGGCUGCGACCAUUCAAGAUGGGGCUUUUCUCCGCCUUGAAGCCCCCGUCAAACGGGUAGCUGGGUGGAGUACACAUACUGGGCUUUCAUACGAGCAAUUUAUUUUGCCUGAUGUCGCACGAAUCUAUGACGCCAUCAAUCAAACCCUCGAGUACUGA